AACAAGGCACUAGAGGGUCUCGGGGAAUCGGGACCCGGGCUGUGCAGCAGCCUGACCGGUGCCGCAGGCUCGCCCGGCUGCGCGGGGCUGAGCGGCUGGAGACUGGGUGCCACCUGGUCUGGCCGGAGAGGUCCCUGAGGGCGCUGCGGAGAGCAGCUGGGCUGCCGAGCUCGGGCCUGCGCCUCGCAACCCUAGAAACAUUCACGGGACCAUUUGCACGCCGAUCUUAAUGCAGUCCAUUGCGGAAGUUUCAUUUUGUUUUAUCUAGUACCGUUAAUACUUUUGUGAGAGGGAAGAGUGGCUGGGAAAAUACCACUAUUUAUGAUCUUUUUCUUUCCCAGUGCUGUGUAAGCAUUUUGUUUGUUUUAGUGGUAAUAUUUUUAGUUAUAUUCUUUAAGCUGACAGCAGCCCUCUUGGUAGCCUUUUAAAUAAGUAUGACUGUUCGUAGACAAUAUUAUGCUUUUGGGAUGGAAAAGAGGUGAAAAAAGUUUGUUUUAAUUGGCAGCAACCUAUUGCAGUCAUUUAUUUGUUCAUCCUUAAAAUAAUUGUUAAAAUAUUUUAGGAAAACUUCAAUUUGAAUUUUUUAUAAAACAAGUUAGUAGAAUUUGCUGUUUCUUUACAAGAGUUCUGGUUGCAUUUUUAAGUGAAAAUGUAGCUCAGUGUUCAUGUGAUGCUUUUUUUGUUGGCUUUUUUUUUUUUGAGGCUUAGGGGAAGGAGCACUAAGAGUAGUAAUAGACAUUCUGGAUGUUGCAAAAAUCUGAUUUGUUUUUUAUAUGUUCCAGCCACCACCAGAGUGUGAAUUAUUCUUAGCAUUUGUUAGCCAUUUUAUAAAGGUAGGGAAUUAACAAACACUAUGUCUGAUGAAGUUUUUAGCACAACUUUGGCAUAUACAAAGAGUCCAAAAGUCACCAAAAGAACUACUUUUCAGGAUGAGCUAAUAAAAGCAAUUACAGCUCGCUCUGCAAGACAGAGGAGUUACGAAUAUUCAGAUGACUUUGACAGUGAUGAGAUUGGUGAUUUUUCUGACACCUCAGUAGAUGAAUAUUCAGUUAAGAAAAAAAUAAAUGAUUUUCAUAUACCAGAUGAUGAAGAAAAGAAUUCUCCAAAACUGUCAUUUUUGAAAACCAAGAAAUCAAACAAUGAUGUGAGGAAAGUUGAGCCAAGAGUCUCCAUUAAAAACGAUAAGGACAUGGAACCAAGUGGUGAUGGAGAAAUGAAUGUAAAACUCCUAUCUGAAUCUCAAAAUAAACAACAGGAAAUUGAAAAUGAGAAAAUUAAAAUGGAAAGUAAACCCAGAAUUCGCCCAAUCAAAGACACAUCUUCAGGAAAUAACAACAGCCUUGAAGCAGACAACCACUUUGAGCCUUCGCCUCGGCCACGGAGCAUGCUGAAAAAGCAUAACCACAGGGAGGGGAAAGAUGAGCAAGGAGAAGAUAAGGAAACUGCCCUCCAUGAAGAAUUAGAGGUGCUUUCUGCACCUCCAUACCUCUCAAGGCCAAAUGGUAGACAAUCAGAAGCUGAGAACAAUGCAGUCUCUGAAAACGUUGAUACUGAGGAUCCAUGUUUACCAAGUCUAUCAUCAUCAUCCCUUAAAGAAAGUCUUGGAGAUUCCUUUUCACCAGGAUCUGGGGAAAAAGCAUUCACCACAGAGCAGAAGGAGGAAUGCGCUGAAAACCAUAAUCCGUUGAAAUCAAAUGAAAAUGAAGAGAACUCAUUUUUGAUAGACGUUGUUACUAUUGCACUUGAGAAACCAAAGGAAACUCAAGUGAGUACUGAUGACCUUGAAGAAGAAAAGCAGAAAGCUGAACUGAUUAUGAAUGAUGACUUAACAGUUGAUGACCCACCACUGUUGCAACCGCGGAGUAUCUUAUGCACUGAGUCUGCUAAGAAAAUAAUUCAAGAUAGAAAUAUGAAGAAUAAAAAGUCAACAAAUAAUAGAGUGUCCAGUGCAUCUGGCAGAUUAAUGACCUCUGAGUUCUUAAAGAAAUCUAGUUCUCUAAGGAAAACUCCAUCAACAGCCCCUACUUCUCACUAUUUAGGGACUUUGAGAGUCUUGGACCAAAAGCCUUCACAGAAACAGAACACAGAACCUGGCAGAGCAGAUAACAUAAGGGCAGCUGUUUAUCAGGAGUGGUUAGAAAAGAAAAAUGUAUAUUUACAUGAAAUGAACAGAAUUAAAAGAAUUGAGAGCGAAAACUUAAGGAUUCAAAAUGAACAGAAAAGAGCUACUAAGAGAGAAGAAGCCUUAGCAUCAUUUGAGGCCUGGAAAGCCAUGAAAGAAAAGGAAGCAAAGAAGGUAGCUGCCAAAAAAAGGCUUGAGGAAAAAAACAAGAAGAAAACUGAAGAAGAAAAUGCUGUGAGAAAAGGAGAAGCACUGCAAGCUUUUGAAAAAUGGAAAGAGAAAAAGAUGGAGUAUCUUAAAGAGAAAAAUAAAAAAGAGAAAGAAUAUGAAAGAGCAAAGAAACAGAAAGAGGAGGAAACUGUUGCUGAGAAAAGGAAAGAUAACUUAAAUGCUCUUGAAAAAUGGAAUGAAAAAAAAGAAGCUUUUUUCAAAGAAAAGGAAAAAGAGAAAAGAAAUGAGAAAAGAAAAGAAGAACUGAAAGAAGCUGAGAAAAAAGAUAAAGAUAAACAAGCUCUUGAUGAAUAUGAAAAAUGGCUGGAAAAGAAAGAAAGGCAGGAAAGAAUUGAACGAAAGCAAAAGAAACAGCAUUCCUUUCUUGAAAAUGAGGUACUUCCUCCAUGGAGCCCUCCAAGCAAAACUGUAUUCUCAAAAGUGUUUUGAUAAUUCUUAUUCUUGCAUUAUUUUGUUCUUUAUCAGUUCAUCAAUUUUAGCCAAACUAAAUUUAAAACUAUUAAUUCAAUUAUUUAUAGUUAGAAGAAUCUGUUUUAAUUAAAUGCCAAUCACAUCUGCUGACAGUGAAAACGGUGCUUUGGCAUUUAAUCAGUGAAAGCACUGAAAGCAUUUUUUGCACUGUAGAUAAACUGCCUCAAAUGAAGUGUUAAUAAUCAGAUUGAAAUACAUAGUCCUUUAUCAUGUGCUGAUAAUUCUUGUAGUCUGAUGAUCCAUCAUCACUUUCAUUAACCUGUGCAUGUUAUUUAAAUAUGUUUAUUCCCCAAUAUGAAAAAGAAACCAUGUAAGUACUGAUAAAAAUGAUUGAAUUUGUGACUGAUUAUGCAUCUAGAUUCAGGUUUUUAAAUGAAUGCUCACUGGGGAGUACGCAUAUGUCAUUUCUUCUAAAACUAAUUUUUAGUUCAAAGCAGUUGCAUUAGCUCUGUGCAGGUUAAGAAUUUUGGUUAGUUGAGGCAGCAUUCAGUAGAACUCCAAUUGUCAAGGCUUUUUUUUUUUUUUU